CUUCUAUGGUGUCCAACACACCAACAACAGAAAAGAUAGUGGGAACUCAGAAUCAAAGUAAAAGUUAUUCACUUUCCCUUUCACCAAACAGAACACAAAGUUCAAUUUUUCAAAUUAGAUCCUCCUUUCUUCUUCAAACCCUUCAUUUCUUUCUUUCUUCAGAUUCAAUUUUUUCUUCAAUUUUUCAAAACUUUCGUACCCAUUUGACCCUUUCCUGCAUAUUCCUUAUUUGAUGCUAAACAAAACACACUACAAUACAAGCAUUAAAUGUUUAUCUAUUUUUGUUGAAUACAAAUCUUGACUCAGAUUUUGUCAACCCAUUUAUCUUAUUUUUUAUUUUUUACUUCUGUGGUAUAAAAAAGACAGUAAUUUUGAUUAUUUUGAUGUUGAUUGUUUUUAUUUUCUAACAGGGUAGGACAAAAAGGACCAAAAUGACAAAAAGUUUUGUUUUUUCUUUCUGGGGUUAGGGUAUUUUAGAGUUUGAGGUUGAGGGUAAUAGUGGAAUGUGACUAGUAGGUAGAAGCUUGUUUUUUCUUUGUCCCUGAUUUGUAAAGGUUUGAUUUUGAAGAAUAUAGAGUUGUUGUAGUGGAGAUCUGGGAUUUUUUUCGUGUAUUAUGCCCUAUGAGGACUUUCUUCAAUGGAGAAUCAUCCAAAGAAGAGCACCUAAGUUCUCUUAAUCCACAAUCAUGGCUUCAAGUUGAAAGAGGGAAGCUUCCCAAAUUGUCAUCACAAUCCUCUUCUGCAUCAAUUGAAUCUCUAAUCAAGGUCCAACAGCCUCCUGUGUUACCUUUCUUUAAACCGGUUGAUUAUGUCGAAGUUUUAGCUCAAAUCCAUGAAGAACUUGAGUCGUGUUCUUCACAGGAACAGUCAAAUCUGUUUCUGUUUCAAUAUCAGGUCUUUAAAGGACUUGGAGAUGUUAAACUGAUGCAAAGGAGCCUUCGCGAAGCAUGGCGGAGGGCAAGUUCUGUUCAUGAGAAAAUUGUAUUUGGGGCAUGGUUGAAAUAUGAGAAGCAAGGAGAAGAACUAGUUGCUGGUUUGUUGACUGGUAAACGUCAAAACGAAUAUGGGCCGAUAGAUGUGGAGUCUCAUAUUCCUUCUGAUGUAAAGGUAAGUUCCCAGGAGAGUGUUUUGAUGAAUGGGAACAACACUUCACAAUACGUUAUUUUUAUAAUUGGUGAUGAGAAGAUAGUUUGUGAUAGACAAAAGUUUUCUGAACUGUCAGCUCCGUUUCGUGCGAUGUUAAAUGGCGAUUUCUGGGAAUCGUCGUCCGAGGCUAUAGAUUUGUCUAAAAAUAACAUAUCUCCUUCGGGUAUGAGGGCGAUAAGUUAUUUUAGUAUGACUGGUAGUUUACUUGAACAAGUCUCUCCAAAGCUUUUGUUGGAGAUAUUAGUUUUUUCCAACAAGUAUUGUUGUGAUAGAUUAAAAGAGGCUUGUGAUAGAAGACUUGCAUCCUUAGUUAUCUCCAAAGAAGAUGCUGUUGAACUCAUGGAAUAUGCUCUUGAUGAGAACUCAGUUGUCCUUGCAGCUUCUUGUUUACAAGUCCUUUUACGUGAUCUUCCUCACUGCUUGAGCGAUAAUCGGGUGGUGGAUAUAUUUCUUCAUGCUAAUAAGCAGCAGUUAGCAGUUAUAGUUGGUCAAGGUUUAUUUGCGCUUUUCUGCUUCUUAAGCGAAGUUUCUAUGAACCUUAACUCUAGUUCAGACACAACAGCUCAUUUUCUGGAAAGGUUAGCUGAUUUUGCUGAAAGCAACAAGCAGAGACUGUUGGCGUUUCAUCGAUUGGGAUGUGUAAGACUCUUGCGGAAAGAAUACGAUGAAGCUCGCUGUCUUUUUGAGAGAGCUGUAAAUAAUGGCCAUAUUUAUUCUGUUACUGGUUUAGCUCGACUUGACUCUAUAAAAGGUGAGAAGGAUUUAUCUUAUGAGAAGAUCAGCUCAGUCAUUUCCCCUGUUACUCGACUCGGAUGGAUGUACCAAGAAAGAUCACUAUAUUGUGAUGAUGAUUUGAGAUGGAAAGACCUUGAGAAAGCAACUGAACUUGACCCUACUCUUGUAUAUCCCUACAUGUAUAGGGCUGCAUCUUUAAUGAGGACAGAGAAUUCUCAAGGUGCACUGGCUGAAAUUAAUCGGAUACUUGGCUUCAAACUUUCGUUAGAAUGCUUGGAACUCCGGUUUUUUAUAUAUCUGGCUCUUGAGGACUACAAAGCAGCCCUUCGUGAUGUUCAAGCGAUUCUUACUCUGUGUCCGCGUUAUAGAAUGUUUGAGGGGCGUGUAGCUGCAUCUCAACUCCGCACUCUUGUGCUUGAGCAUGUUGAACAUUUGACGACGGCAGAUUGUUGGGCACAAUUAUAUGACUGUUGGUCUGCUGUUGAUGAUAUUGAGUCUUUAUCUGUUAUUUAUCAGAUGCUUGAAUCUGAUGCGGCAAAAGGUGUUCUAUACUUCAGACAGUCAUUGCUUCUCCUCAGGCUAAACUGUCCUGAGGCAGCUAUGCGGAGUUUACAGUUAGCUUGGCAACAUGCAUCAAGUGAGCAUGAAAGACUUGUAUAUGAGGGGUGGAUUUUGUAUGAUACUGGUCAUUAUGAGGAAGGGCUCCAAAAAGCUGAAGAGUCUAUUUGCAUUAAAAGGUCUUUUGAGGCAUUUUUCCUAAAGGCCUAUGCAUUGGCAGACUCUGGUCUUGGUUCAAUAUGUUCUUCAACUGUUAUUUCACUUCUCGAAGAUGCCUUGAGGUGUCCUUCUGAUAAUCUGCGCAAAGGUCAGGCCCUGAACAAUCUUGGAAGUGUUUUUGUUGAUCAUGGAAAACUGGACCAAGCAGCCGAUUGCUAUAUUAAAGCCCUUAAAAUCCACCAUACUCGAGCCCAUCAGGGUCUUGCGCGUGUUCAUUUUCUAAAAAAUGACAAGGCUGCUGCUUACAAGGAAAUGACCAAACUUAUCGAGAAGGCAAAAAACAAUGCGUCGGCGUAUGAAAAGAGAUCCGAGUAUGGUGAUCGUGAACUCACAAAGGCAGAUCUUGAGAUGGUGACUAGACUAGAUCCACUUCGUGUGUAUCCUUAUAGAUAUCGAGCAGCAGUUUUGAUGGACAACCAUAAGGAACAGGAAGCCAUUGCUGAGCUAUCUAGAGCUAUUGCAUUUAAAGCUGAUUUGCACCUCUUACAUCUAAGAGCAGCGUUCCAUGAACACAAGGGGGAUGUCCUGAGUGCGCUAAGAGACUGUCGUGCUGCACUCUCGGUGGACCCAAACCACCAAGAAAUGUUGGAACUUCAUACGCGUGUUAAUAGCCACGAACCAUGAGUCAAGUUCGCGAGCUAUGAAGAAUGAAGAGACCGGCAUUUGUACAAUCAUCAGCCGUCAUGAAAAUUAAAUUUGUAAAUGCAAAGUAUAGUUAAAUUUGAAUGAUUAGAGCCAUUUGUAUACUCUGUUGUAAUGAAAACAUGCCCUGAUAUCAUUUUCCUUUCUAAAGAGGGCAAUGCCCAAAUUUUGUAAUUUAUAUUCUUGCUAUCCUUUGGAGAUGUGUUAAGAAUACCAGAUAUAUGUGGCUUAUCCUCAACGACCAUACAUGUAUUUUAUUACCGCAUCUAAACGUUUUUGUGUA